AUCCAGAAAAUCCAUACCAGAUUAAUCGAUCAGAGUUGAAAGUCUACAGCGAACUGAGUCGUUUUCCCCGUCAUUUUGCUGUUUUACUUCCACGUUUUACUUUUUGUUACAGCGGAAUGGACACCGAGUUUACUUUCAACUCUCGUCGCUCCCCGGUGGUCUGUUUACACGGCUGUGUAGCAACCAGCCAACCUUUAGCCUCGACGGUGGGACUGGAUAUCCUAAAGCGUGGUGGCAAUGCUGCAGAUGCUGCAGUUGCCAUAGCAGCAGCCCUUGCAGUAACUGAGCCCUGCAGCACUGGCCUCGGUGGUGAUGCUUUCUGCUUGUUCUACAGCGCAGACACUGGAGAAAUUCAAGGGAUCAAUGGCAGUGGCCGAACAGCUCGCGCUCAGACUCUGGACUUCAUGGAAAGUCGUGGCUUCUCUACAGAAUCUCCUCCCUCUGUGUUUGAUGCUUUGAAUGUUACGGUACCAGGUGCCGCUGCAUGCUGGUGUGACACCAAAGAGUUAUUUGGAAGCCAAAAGCUGUCCUUGCAAGAGAUCCUAAGUGGAGCAGUGGAGCUGGCAGAGCUGGGGUUUCCUGUUGCUGAGGUUACAGCUCACCACUGGGCGGACAAUGUGGCUGCUCUGAGGGAUGCUGGGAAGAAACUCGGAGAUGACUUACUAAUUGACGGUCAUGCACCUAAAAGUGGACAAGUAUUCAAAAACCCAGCUCUGGCUAGAACUCUCAAGGAGCUCGGUGAACAUGGAAAACCAGGGUUUUACCAGGGCAGAGUGGCCAAAGCCAUCGUUGAUGUUAUCAGUAAAGAUGGAGGAGUCAUGACCUUGGAUGACCUCCGUAGCCACAACAGUGAGGUUACCACCCCGAUUAGCACAGAGUACAAGAGAGCACGUUUGUGGGAACUUCCUCCAAACAGUCAGGGGCUGGUUGCCCUUCUGCUUCUCAACAUACUGGAGAACUUUCCUCAACUUAGAGCCACUGGCCAUAACAGCUCUGACUACAUCCACGUCUUUGUGGAGGCUGUGCGUCUAGCACAAACAGAUGGCCUGUGUUACCUUGGUGACUCAGCCCACACAAGCAUCCCUUUGGAAACCCUACUGGACAAGAGCUACAGCAGUCAGAGAGCACAGCUCAUCAUCAUGGACAGAGCCAUGGAGCAAACCAAACCCGGUCCGAUUACAGCAAGUGAUACAGUCUACUUCUGCAUUAUCGACAGCCAUGGAAACGCAUGCUCAUUUGUCAACAGCACCUAUAUGGGCUUUGGGACCGGCCUCGUCCCUGAUGGCUGUGGGUUUUCACUACAGAAUCGUGGCGCCAACUUUUCUCUGCACCGUGGCCACAUAAACUGCAUUGCUGGAGGAAAGCGUUCAUACCACACUAUAAUCCCUGCACUCCUCACUGACUCUGUGACUAAAUCACAAAAGCCGCAACAACUCCUUGCAGCCCUCGGAGUAAUGGGAGGCUUUAUGCAGCCACAAGGACACGUCCAGGUGCUGCUGAACAUGAUGGAGUUUGGGAUGAAUCCUCAACAAGCUCUGGAUGCACCCAGAGUCUUUGUGCAGUAUGACCAGAAAAGCGGACAGUGGUUUGUGAAUUUGGAGGAGGGGAUUGAGCAGGAGGUGGCUGAGGAGCUCCGGAGACGAGGCCACAAAGUAAACUGGCCUGUCACAGGCCACCAGAGGUCUCAGUUUGGGCGGGGACAGAUCAUCACAGUGGGGGACUGGUGGAAUCCAUCUGCCACUCAAGCCAGCCGUUUACCCAGAGUGCUCUGGGCUGGGUCGGAUCCCAGAGCUGACGGAUGUGCUUUAGGAUACUAGUGACAUAAAAGUAGCUGAUCCUCUGUAUAUCCACAAGUAUCAAUUACAGAUGACUUUCUUUCAAAUCAAAAGUGAACAUUUGUUUGGGUUUGAUAAUUAGAAUGUUUUUCUGCUCUUUAAUGUGUGAUUAAGCCAAAUGGUCUUGAUUCUGGUUAAUAUUUGAUAGGAUUUCAGAUAACAAAGUCAAAGUCCAGUCUCUCCACACCAAGACUUUGCUGAAGUGCCUUAACUUAUUAGGUUGUGAUGUUCUGCAAAAGCAGAAGAGAAGAAGAGAAUUGUUCUCCUAAAGUUGACUUCAAAUUGGUUUGGAAAAUUCCAACAACUUGUGAUGGGUCAGCUGAUACUCUGACAAUAUUUACCAUGAUCUAUAAAACAACAACAACCCCCCCGAAAGACCUGUGCUGUUGUAUGUAGGAUUUUGGUAUCUAAUUUAUAUAUAUAUAUAUAUAUAUAUAU